AUGUCUCAGAACAACACUAGCAAAGAAGCUCCUGCCGCCCCCCCGGGUGAGUGCCCUGUGUGUUAUGAAACAUUUCAGUCCCCAAAAGUGUCCCGCCGGAUGCUGAGCUGCGGCCACACAUUUUGCCAUGACUGUUUGGUCAAGUGUCUGCUGUCACAUGAAGAAGGCCAUCUGCAAAACACCCUUACGUGUCCCAUCUGUCGCUUUGUGACCUUUCUCUGCAAUAAAAAGGACUGCUGGCCUUCCAAGAGUCCAUCCUCUUUGGAGUUGCCCCUCUCACCUUCCUCGUUGCCACUCACCUGUGGAGUGCCACCCAGCUUUGCAAAUACUUUGGUGGUUCCUGGCCAUUUCCUCUUGCCGCUGCACAAUUAUGACAGACACCAAGGUUCGCAGAGGUAUCCUACCAUGGACUCCGUUGUACGGCCCAGUGGCCUGGAACAUGAAUCUCAUAUCUUCAUUAUUACUCAGUGUGGAAUGCCGCUAAUUGAUGAGGACUAUGUUACCAUAGCUCAAGAUUAUGGAGAAGCUGCUGAAUCAGAGACAUCACACUGUCCUGGAAUGGGCUGCUUCCAGUCUCCUAUUAUGAUGGCCGUUUUCCUUAUCUCUGCUGUUGCUCUGUUGGGGGCUGUGCUUCCCUGGCUCCUGCUUGUGAGAAAUAAUGAAUGAACAUGUUGGAUGAAUCCUUCCAUUUCCAAGGUGGGACUAUUCCAUGAUGAAGAUUGCUCGUUGCUACAUCUACAACAGUGGUGGGUUGCUACUAUCAGGCGAACUGGUGGCGGUGGCGGUGGGAGGAUCCACUCAGCUGCCCAGACACUUCUGCACAUGCGCAGAGCCUUCUGCGCAUGUGCAGAAGUGUUGCACGCAUGUGCAAGCACAUCCACGAGCAAACCGGGAGUGACGGGUUUCGAAACCUGCCCCUGAUCUACAAGUAUGGAAGCCCAAAUGUUUGCAGAGUCCAGAUGGAUGGGAAAUCUUAUGAAGGAACUGGGAAUUGCAGAAAAUGGUAUUUGUGUUAUUCUUCCCUUGUCAGGGUUAAUAGUAUCCUUACUUCAGAGAUGCAAGGAAGACCACCAAGAGAAAUGAUUGAUCUUAUACUAAGAUAACUUCCAUUACUAUUACAUCCUCUUGUUUAAUUGUAUUGGUCUCCAGUUCCAUGACAUCCAGACAGCAGGUGCGCUAGUGAUUAUGGAUAUUGUAAUCUGAUCUAUUUGGACGGUGCUGAGGUGAGGGAGGAUACAGGAAGGCAAUUAUUCAUGGUCCUAGUUAUAUGGUAGAUGUCUAUCUGCCCUUCCUCUGAGUUGCUCAAAGCUUUAUGAAAGUUCUACAAUUCCCAAUGAGGUCAGAUCAGAUCAGAGAUAGAAAUAUUUCUCAAGUUUAUCCAAUAACAUUCCUUGCUGUUCCAGAAUCUUUCCUGUCAACAGUCUUUAUAUCUCAUUUGUGUCUGCAGGUCAGCAUGAAUCCUGUGCACAGGGAGAUUGUUUUCAGAAACAGUUCUAGCCUACUUAAUUCCACCUUUCAUUUCAGUGUCCAUUGUAAUUAAAGAAACAAACCUGUUCAAAAGAAGUUUAUGGCAGCCUAGGCAGCAAGGAACCUUUUGAGCUUAUUCCGUUCAAAUUCCAACUCUCCCAUCACAUAGUUCUAGAAUAUUAACUCAAAAGGAUUUUUAUCCCAUGGACCAGCAAAGCCUGAAUUUCUACAUAUAUAAUUGGGCAGAAAUGAUCUUUUGAAAUGUUUCAUUAUAUUACGGGCAUAGAAAUAGCUACUUGCUUAUUCUGUUCUCAAGGCAAAAGCACAGUGCAAGUAAGACAGAUGUGGCUGCUUGGGAUGCUGUUGAGCCAGGUCUGAGCAAGAUAUCCAUUCUAUACAGUACUGUAUUUCUAUUGAUCGCUACUGAUGCUGUGGUAGGCUACCUACUAUUGUACUACAUGUAUAAAGUAUCAGUCACUGUGAUAUUUUAAAGCUAGAUUUAUAUUAUUUUUGUAGUUUCUAAGUUUUGUUUUCUACUUUUGAUAAUUGUUAUUACAACUAGGAUUAAUAAAAUAAUUCCAUUUUGGCUGCAGCUUUA